GGAAUUUCUUUGACUCAAGGAAGUGAAGAAGACGAGAGAUAGAGAAGAAACCUUUCUGUUUCAUCAGAAAAAUGGACGAUCAAGCUACUCUGGUAGAAGACACAGACAAACACGAUGAUGAUAAAGAAGAAGAAGACUUGUGCAGGAUUUGCCGAUCACCGGAGGAACCAGGAAACCCCUUAUGGUAUCCGGUGCGCGUGUCGAGGCUCCAUCAAUGUUCAUCAAGACUGUCUUCAUAUCUGGCUCAAUCUCCGCGGAUACAAGCAGUGCGAGGACGCUCCAGAGAGACUUCCAGUUCACGAGUUUCUAAUACGUGUUUGUGUUAAUGAGAGCAUCACCUUACGUGAGAAUGGUUGUUCCUUGGGCUAUGGCGUUUAUCUUGAACACAUACUGCCUUUCUUUACAUCCUUUGGGCCAAGAAGUUGUUGUUGGGUUCAAGAGAGAUUAUGGAAUGUCUACCAAGUCCGCAUGUUUCUUAAAUGGCCUGUUAUACAACGGUCAUCUUGUGUUUUUCAUGAGGAUACCCAUACACGAGCCCAUUAUCGCGAGACAUCCUGCUGGGUUUCAGGCUGACAUCUUGAUUAAGAAUGUCUUAGGAGAUGGGUUUGUGCUUGUUUUAUGGAAAUAUAACAAGAUCGUUUGUGAGUGGUAUUAUUCUCUAUUGCAAAGCUUCUUCGGGGAACCUCCUAGGCUAGUUGGUGUUGCUGUUCACGAACUUGGAGCCAUUGGACGGCUGCUUUUCUUUCUGGAUAACAAAUCUUUUGAUGCUCUUACCAUCAGCAUAUGUGUGUCUUUCUUCUUUAUUCUUCUGCCGUUUUCUUUUCGCUGGAUUGCAAUAGCAAUUGUAGGAGGUGGCGGUUUAUUCGAAAACUCACCUGUCAUUCUUGGAUACAUGAUGACGCUGUCAAUUCCCUUUGCCUACUUAGGAAUUUUCCUCACUCUGCGUCAAAUCUCGUUUCCAGCCAUAGUCAGGUGGUUUUCCUUGGGAUAUCACUUCAUAACAAAGAAACUGUCCUGCCUCCUGAGCAAAAAUCUCGUUUCCUGUCAACUGUUUCGCGACUAAGGCAUGGCGGGGAAAGUUCAAGAGAAUCAGAAACGUGGGAAUCAAUAAGCUUCCUUCAAUGUGGCUGCUUCAAGAUGUGAUUGGUUCGAUCAUAACCACACUUCUAGCCACACUCUGCAUCCCUUACUUGCUCUUGAAGUCUUUGUUACCUCUGCUUGGAUUUUCCCGUAGCGCCAACCCAGCUAUUGAGCCGUUUAUCUGGCCGGCGUUGUUAGCCUUGAUUGCGGUCUGGUUCAUGGCCAAGCAAACUUAUGAUCUCGUCAGUUACUUUCAUAGGUUGGUCUUCGAUGAUCGGUAUGUAGUCGGUUAAAGAGUGGACAAUCUGACUGAGGAUAUCUCGCUAGAGAGAAAUAACUAAUCCAUAUAUGACAAACAACGACUUUUCAUUGGAAAGGAAAAAAUGUAUAAACACAAACGUAGAUUCAAAACUCAAAAAGUUAUAUAGUAACCAAGGUCUAUAUACGUUAAUAUUAAGAUAAUCGCAGUCCACUUGUAAGUCAUGAAAACAAAAGGAUCUUCAAAUUGUUGAGAUAUAAAGAAGAAUACAUUAGCUUGCCUCAAAGAACAC